CCAUGAAAAUGAAAAUGAAAAUGAAAACUACAAAACCUCAUUUUCCCGCCCACUGCUUCUUCUUCCCCCGAUUUUCUCUCCAUGCUUCUAUCCCUCACUUUUUCCUAGGGUUUAACACUCUCACCUUCUCCAAAUCACCAUGCCAGAUUUGGGGAACUGCCCUCUCCCGCUCGUACCCUGCUCCCCCGUCAAGGCCACUGACGCCGCCGACGAUGCAGCUGCUGUCGAACCACUACCCAGUGAUUUUGGUUCCGAUAAUGGCGUUCAUGCCAGGGUUUUGAAGAGGAGUCGCGGUUCUCUCCGGAAGACUGGCAAUGGUAAGAGUUUGUGGGACCGCCUUACGGAUCCUCAAUCUCUCCCGUUUCUCGUCGGUGCUCCGAAGAUGGUGGAAUGCUGUUUCUGCCACCAUUCUGUGUGUCCCGGGGAGGAGCUGCUGUGUUCUGUUCAUGGAUGUAACUCAUGCUAUCAUAUGGAGUGUGCAAAAGAAGUCAGUGGGGUUUCAAAUCUGAAAAAGAAAAAGUUCAAGUGUCCACAGCAUGUGUGCUUCAUUUGCAAGCAAAAGACGCAUUUGCGGUGCGUGCGUUGCACAACGGCUUUCCAUAGUAAAUGUGCACCAUGGCCUGAAGCUGUGAUCCCUCUGAAAGAUCAUCCUGGACAAGCUGUUUGUUGGAGACACCCUUCUGACUGGCGCCUGGAUAGAAAGGAGCAGCCUGAUACUCCAACAAGUGACAUUUCGGAAGUAUUUUGUCGUUUGCCUCUUCCUUUUGUUAACGAGGAAUUCAAGAUCGACUUCACUUGGAAAGACAUGGACAGUAAGAUGGAGCCACCGCCGUAUAUACACAUACGACGCAAUAUAUACCUAGUGAAGAAAAAGCGUAGUGAUGUAGAUGAUGAUGCUGGGUGCACCAACUGCAUUUCUUCAUGCUCUGAUGAUUGUGUAUGCAGGGUUCAAUGCAUAAGCUGCUCAAAGGCUUGUCGGUGCUCUGAAAAUUGUACCAAUCGGCCAUUUCGCAAGGAGAAAAAGAUCAGGAUUGUCAAGACUGAGUUUUGUGGAUGGGGAGCUGAGGCUGCUGAAACAAUUGAGAAAGGAGGGUUCAUAAUUGAGUAUAUUGGAGAAGUCAUUGAUGAUGCUUCGUGUGAACAAAGGCUUUGGGACAUGAAAUAUAAGGGUGUGCAGAAUUUUUACAUGUGUGAGAUUCGUAAAGACUUCACAAUAGAUGCAACUUUCAAAGGAAAUUCAUCACGUUUUUUAAACCAUAGCUGUGAUCCCAAUUGUGUUUUGGAGAAGUGGCAAGUAGAUGGUGAAACUCGCGUUGGUGUAUUUGCUGCUCGUUCGAUAGAAGUUGGAGAGUCAUUAACAUACGAUUACAGAUUUGUGCAAUUUGGUCCAGAGGUGAAGUGCCACUGCGGUGCACAGAAAUGUCAAGGAUUUCUAGGUUCAAAAAAGAAAAUUAACAAAGUAGACCUCUGUUGGGGGGCAAAACGUAAGCGAACAUUAUGCACAUCGGCAGUAAAAGCUGCUGAUUUGCCAAAAUAUUAUAUGUAGUUGUCACAGCUGUAUGUAGGCAAAGUGAAAAGGAAAUAAUCGUAAUAGCAUAAAAACCUCACAUUCUUAGUCUGUUGUACCAGAAAAAGGUGGCAUUCUCCUCAUUAAAGAUUGUGACUACAUUGUCACGUAGAAUUUUAUCCUUGUCAUACAAGACAAGAAAACUUGUAAAUUGAUAUUGAUGAGUUACUGCAUAUAUAUUACAGUUUUCAAUAAUGAUAAAUAUCAAAA